GCACAGAAACUGGCGAUGACCGCCUGCGCCCUCCUAGCGGGUGGGCUUCCGCACCCCCGGCUCUGCGCCCCCGCGCGGCGGCCUCGGUCUCCGCCCGGCGUCCCCCCGGCCCUGACCCGGCCGGGCCCAGGGCUCCGGCUCCUGCUCCUGCUGCUGCUCCUGCCGCCUUCCGCCCUGUCCGCCGUGUUCACAGUGGGGGUGCUGGGGCCCUGGGCUUGCGACCCCCUCUUCGCCCGGGCCCGCCCGGACCUGGCCACCCGCCUGGCCGCCGCCCGCCUGAACCGCGACCGUGCCCUGGCAGGCGGCGCCCGCUUCGAGGUCGCGCUGCUGCCCGAGCCCUGCCGGACGCCGGGCUCGCUGGGGGCUGUAUCCUCCGCGCUGAGCCGCGUCUCGGGCCUCGUGGGUCCGGUGAAUCCUGCAGCCUGCCGGACGGCCGAGCUACUAGCCCAAGAAGCCGGGGUCGCGCUGGUGCCCUGGGGCUGCCCCGGGACGCGGGCCGCGGGCACCACGGCCCCGGCCGUGACCCCCGCCGCGGAUGCCCUCUACGCCCUCCUGCGAGCAUUCAGCUGGGCGCACGUGGCCCUGGUCACCGCCCCCCAGGACCUGUGGGUGGAGGCAGGACGUGCACUGUCCACGGCACUCAGGGCCCGGGGCCUGCCCGUCGCCCUGGUGACCUCCAUGGAGCCCUCGGACCUGUCUGGAGCCCGGGAGGCCCUGAAGAGGGUCCGGGACGCCCCCAGGGUCAGAGCAGUGAUCAUGGUCAUGCACUCGGUGCUGCUGGGCGGCGAGGAGCAGCGCUGCCUCCUGGAGGCCGCAGAGGAGCUGGGCCUGGCCGAUGGCUCCUUGGUCUUCCUGCCGUUCGACACGCUCCACUACGCCUUGUCCCCAGGCCGGGAGACCUUGGCCAUACUCGCCAACAACUCCCAGCUUCGCAGGGCCCACGAUGCCGUCCUCACCCUCACGCGACACUGUCCCCUGGGAGGCAGCGUGCUGGGCAGCCUGCGCACGGCCCAGGAGCACCAGGAGCUGCCCCCUGACCUCGAUCUGCAGCAGGUCUCCCCGCUCUUUGGCACCAUCUACGACGCAGUCUUCUUGUUGGCGGGGGGCGUGGCGGGAGCCCGGGCAGCCGCGGGUGGCGGCUGGGUAUCUGGAGCAGCGGUGGCCAGCCACGUCCGGGACGCCAGGGUCCCUGGCUUCUGCGGAGCUCUGGGAGGAACCGAGGAACCCUCGUUUGUGCUGCUGGACACUGACGAGGCGGGGGACCGGCUGUUCACCACACACAUGCUGGACCCCGCCUGGGGCUCCCUCCGCUCCGCUGGGAUCCCGGUGCACUUCCCUCGCGGGGGCUCUGGGCCUGGGCCCGACCCCUCAUGCUGGUUUGAUCCAGAUGUCAUCUGCAAUGGAGGAGUGGAGCCAGGCGUCAUCUUUCUUGGCUUCCUGCUGGUGGUCGGGAUGGGGCUGACUGGGGCCUUCCUGACCCAUUACAUAAGGCACCGCCUACUUCACAUCCAGAUGGUCUCUGGCCCCAACAAGAUCAUCCUGACAUUGAACGACAUCACUUUCCUCUACCCACAUGUGGGCAGCUCUCGAAAGGUGGUCCAGGGGAGUCGAUCGAGUCUUGCUGCCCGCAGUGUGUCAGACAUUCGUAGCAUCCCCAGCCAGUCCCAGGAAAGAUCCAACAUUGGCCUCUAUGAGGGAGACAGAGUUUGGCUGAAGAAAUUUCCAGGGGAUCAGCACAUAGCCAUCCGCCCAGCAACCAAGACGGCCUUCUCCAAGCUCCGGGAGCUCCGGCACGAGAACGUGGUCCUUUACCUGGGGCUCUUCCUGGCUGGUGGAGCCGACGACCCUGCGGCCCCCGGGGAGCAAAUCCUGGCGGUGGUCUCAGAGCACUGUGCGCGGGGCUCCCUCUACGACCUCCUCGCCCAGAGAGACAUAAAGCUGGACUGGAUGUUCAAGUCCUCGCUCCUGCUGGACCUCAUCAAGGGAAUGAGGUAUCUGCACCAUCGAGGCGUGGCUCACGGGCGGCUUAAGUCACGGAACUGCGUGGUGGACGGGAGGUUCGUACUCAAGGUCACCGACCACGGCCACGGGCGACUGCUGGAAGCGCAGAGGGUGUUACCAGAACCUCCCAACGCGGAGGACCAGCUAUGGACAGCUCCGGAGCUGCUUCGGGACCCGGCUCUGGAGCGCCGGGGAACGUUGGCCGGCGACGUCUUCAGCCUGGGCAUCAUCAUGCAGGAGGUCGUGUGCCGCAGCGCCCCCUACGCCAUGCUGGAGCUACCUGCGGAGGAAGUGGUGCAGAGGGUGCAGAGCCCCCCUCCGCUGUGUCGGCCCUUGGUGUCCAUGGACCAGGCACCCAUAGAGUGCAUCCAGCUGAUGAAACAGUGCUGGGCGGAGCAGCCAGACCUUCGGCCCUCCAUGGACUGCACCUUCAACCUGUUCAAGAGCAUCAAUAAGGGCCGGAAGACAAAUAUCAUCGACUCAAUGCUGCGGAUGCUGGAGCAGUACUCCAGUAACCUGGAGGACCUGAUCCGGGAGCGCACAGAGGAACUGGAGCUGGAAAAGCAGAAGACAGACCGGCUGCUCACACAGAUGCUGCCUCCGUCUGUGGCUGAGGCCCUGAAGAUGGGGACACCUGUGGAGCCUGAGUACUUUGAAGAGGUGACGCUGUACUUCAGUGACAUCGUGGGCUUCACCACCAUCUCAGCCAUGAGCGAGCCCAUUGAGGUGGUGGACCUGCUCAAUGACCUCUACACACUCUUUGAUGCCAUCAUCGGUUCCCACGAUGUCUACAAGGUGGAGACAAUUGGGGACGCCUAUAUGGUGGCCUCUGGGCUGCCCCAGCGGAACGGACAGAGACAUGCGGCAGAGAUCUCCAACAUGUCGCUGGACAUCCUCAGUGCCGUGGGCAGUUUCCGCAUGCGCCAUAUGCCCGAAGUGCCCGUGCGCAUCCGCAUCGGCCUGCACUCGGGCCCGUGCGUGGCGGGCGUGGUGGGCCUCACCAUGCCCCGGUACUGCCUGUUUGGGGACACGGUCAACACCGCGUCGCGCAUGGAGUCCACCGGGCUGCCUUACCGCAUCCACGUGAACAUGAGCACCGUGCGGAUUCUGCGGGCUCUAGACCAGGGCUUCCAGAUGGAGUUGCGAGGUCGCACUGAGCUGAAGGGCAAGGGCUCCGAGGACACGUACUGGCUGGUGGGCAGACGCGGCUUCAACAAGCCGAUCCCCAAACCGCCUGACCUGCAAUCGGGGGCCAGCAACCACGGCAUCAGCCUGCAGGAAAUCCCCCCCGAGCGGCGCCGGAAGCUGGAGAAGGCGAGGCCUGGCCAGUUCCAGGGGCAGUGAGGCCCGGCCCAGGACAGGAUUAUUCUGGAACGUCCUUUUCCUGAAAGUUGCUGCUAUAGGUGACUGAAAGUCUGGCUAAUGCCGGUGGCUUCUGUCCAGCCCCGCCUCAAAGGAUUUCUGGGCCUUUACAAGAGCUGGUUGCAAACCAGCCAUGUGACCUUGGGAAAGUCUCAUGCACUCUCAAGCUUGGGUUCCCCUCAAUGGCGAAGUGAGGGGUGACCUAAGUGGUUUCUACAGUCGCUGUGGCCAGGAAAGCUGGGCUUUGGAAGGGCUGGCCUUGCGAUAUGUGACUCUGCAGCAUGAAGAUGUUGCAGAGGAUGUUGGUGUGGGCGAUUCUCCACUUUCCAGGGCCUUGCCGGGCCCCAAGAAGGAAGAUCUGGGAUUGGAUGCCCCAGAGGAGGUGGAGGCCUUGUGUUCCACCAGAGCAGGGGUUGUCAUGUGGCCUGAGGAAGCAAGGGAUCUAUUUAGCCUCCAGCCUUGUGCCUGUCUCUGUCCCCAACCUUCUCUUGUGGGCAAAACCAGGUCACCUGCCCAAGUGCAGAGAAAAGCUUGCUUCAUGGCUUUGGGUAAAGUAAAGUAUACUUAAAGUAAAGUAUACUGCAGCAAACCUUGACUAACCAGAACAUCCAAGGAAUAGUAGUAUUUUCUGUUUAACUGGGUGCUGCCUAGCAGGCAGUUGGAUAGAUAAUCCUCUCUGCUUAGAUCUUUGCAACAAGCGGUAAACACCCUGUCCUGGCAGGUCCCCAGGUGAAGUUUCCUUUGUGGAACUCAAUGUUCCGGAGCCUGGGUUUUGUCAUGUUUGACUCUUGGUGUCUUUUGUUGUUGCUACAGACCCCGGAAGAAGUUAGCAGUAGCUGCAGCUACCCAGGCUGCCACCCCAGGUAGUGAGUGUCCAGUCCCUGGAGGUAUGCAAGCAGAACUAGGAACACCAUUGACCAGGAAUAUGACAAUCAGAGGAAAUCCUAGGCAGAAGGAUGAACUAAAUCCUCAUUGUAUAAAGUGUGGUUAGAGGAUCAGCAGCGUCAACGUCACUUGGGAACUUACUAGAAAUGCAGAAUCUCAGGCUCUAUACUAGACCCACCAAAUCAGAAUCUGCAUCUCUCUCUCUCUUUAUUUUUUGGCAGCUGGCCGGUUUGGGGAUCUGAACCCUUGACCUUGGUGUUAUAACACUGUGCUCUAACCAACUGAGCUAACCGGCCAGCCCAGAAUCUGCGUUUCUAAGUUCCCUUAAAAUAUUUAUGUGCAUAUUAAAGUUACUGAAUCAUAGAACUAAAUGAUCCAAGGAUCUCUUAUAUCUCAUAAUCUCUAAGAUUUCAUAAAAAACAGGCUAGACAUCACACUUGUUUUGCUUGGUCUACAGGGUGUUUUUGUUUUGAGCUAACAUUGAAAAAUCAAGAGAUAUCAUAUUUUUAAAAUGUUUAUUAAAUUUCCCUCUUCUCUUGAAAUCAAAAGCCCCACAUGGGGUGUGCAUCACCACUCAGCACUGUUCUGCUGGAGCUAAAGAGUGACAGUCCCCAUUAUCCAGGACUUCAUGCUUCAGUUCUCGUGUUCCCCACUAUUCCCCAUGGACUCCAAGAUACCAGGAUUUUCUGAACAGCCCUUAAGGCACUUGCAGACGUGGAGUUUAGGACUCCUAGAGUAGCAGGUAUUAGGAUUAUAGGUGCUCCUGGAGGUUGCUUUGCCUUUUUUUUUUUUUUAGCUGAUUUGUGAAUUCUGCAAGCUUAGUGGUUUUACCCUCCUUUCUAAAGAAAGAAUGUAUAAGAAAUCUAAAAUCCACCACUUGUAGGUUCUGGUUACCUAAGGUGGUGCUGCUACAGUGAGUAAUUUAGUGCAAUUUAAAAAGCCUUUUAACUGCAUUCAAAGACGAUGAAUUAAAGAUUUAAACACACACACACACACACACACAUUUUUAAAAAUGAUUUACAUUUUCAAAUAUCUCCCUUAAGAUUUUCUCUGUACUUCGGUCCCAGACAUUGAAGGGCAGAUUCUGCAUUGCUGGCCUUGGACCUGACAGUGUGGAUGUAGCUCUCAAUCUUCUGCCUCUUCCCUCCCUACCUGACCCCACUUUCCUACCCCUGCCCUCCCUACCUCCCUCCUUCCCUUCCCACCUGCAAGAGGCCUGGAGUAGUGAAUGCUGUGUGAUUUUGGGGGCCUCAGGGAAGAGUUGAUCCAGGGUUAGGUGUGGGAGGAUUAGCUCGGGCAGGCUUGGGCAGGGCACCUCCCAGAAGAGGAGAAAGAGGAGCUGGGCCCAAACCCAGCUUGGGGUAGAGGUGGCGUAGGCAGGACUGAGCAGGUCCCUUCCCACCUGUGACUCAGCUUCAUUCCCAGGCCAGUGAAGGAGAGCCCUGUCCUCCCCAGCUAGGAGAACUCGGGGACCCCCAUCCCAGAGCUCACAGAGCUAGUGGGAGAAGAAAAAAGGUCAAAGGUUAAGCCUCAGUCUCCUCUGUGCCCCCCAGUCCCCUUCAUCAGUGUCCAUGUCUCCCUCUCUGACCCUUGUCUCCUCUCUGUCCCCAGUGUCCCUUUUCUGCCCGGCAGUUUCUCCCUGCUUUUCUCUGCAGUUUCCCCUAUCUCUGUGGAAAUGGAAACUUUCUUCCUGGGCCCAGGCAGUUAUCCAAUCUUAGAGCCAUGACUCAAGUCCCCCACCCUGUUGUUCUGGGACCCAGGCACCUCCAGCCCAUGAGAGCACCUGGCUUGGUCACUGGGCAUUCCCCACCUUCAGAUGUGUUUACGCUACCUCUGCCAGCUGGCUUGUGCCAGGAGCUCACACUCGGGGCUGUCCUCACCUUUGGGAUGGCUCUGUAGCUGGGACUAGUAAUGGCCAAAGCAGGGACCUCUGAUGCUGCUGCUUUGAUCCCAUAGCAGAGACUUCACAGCGUGUCCCAGGGCUCACCUGGCGCCUUCUCUUUGUGCUGCUCCUCAGGGUCUGGGCCCUGCACCCCAUCCCUAUCUGCAGUGGACCCCAGGUACCCCUCUUUGGGGAGGCGGGGUGAGCUGCUCUUUGGCAGGGAUUUGUGACACUGCAUUGCUGGGCUGUGUUCACCAGGAUCUUCUGGACCUUGCACCGUGGACACCAGGACGUGUGCUGUGGUGUUUGGGUCCUGGGAGGGUGGGGGCUGAAAUAAAGGUGUGCUUUCUUCCA